AUGUCACUCUCACCCGUGCUCAACUACGACAUUCUUCUAGAGGUCCUGAAGAUAUGUCCAAGGGCUGAAUGCUCCCGACUCAUGCGGACCUGUCGGUUCCUCCACACGCACGGCUUCGAAGCGCUGCUCUCGCCCCCAAUAACGAUCAAAACACACAAAGACCUCUUGCCCUUUCUCGCUUGUUUCCAAACGGAUGCUGACAAGCGCUGCAAAUACGUCCGCUCUCUGCAAUUCAAUUUCUACAACCUGACCGAGCUGGCGGCGCUAGAGCUGGCCAACACCCUGCCCCGAAUGCCCAACCUCGAGGUGCUGUCACUAGCGUACAGCGACGAUACGAUCAUGUCGCACCCCGACCUCCUCGGUGCAUUUGCUGCGCUCACCUCUGUCCGGGAGCUGCGUUUGGGCUGUGCUAGGGAGCAUACAUUCAGAAUGCUCCAAUCCCUCCGUUCCAAGCUCGUCACGCUCAAUAUGGACUUUCUCGGCGUCCCCCCCAACGGAGAAGGAUUCUUUGAGUCUGUACCGCUGGAAGACGUUCCUCUGUAUCAUCCCGCCGUAAUUCUGGAGCACUCGAGAUCAUCCCUCCAGAGCAUAUCGUCUUACGGCUGGGACAUGGAUGUCGACACCCUGCCUGACCCCACGCUGGUCUACCCCCAGAUGCGUCGUCUGGACCUCGAGGGAUCCUUCCUCCCGCGCACCAUGGCGUACAUCAUCGCAUACCCAAACCUCACCCACCUCCGUUUUCAUACGCUCGACAGCGAGAUGGGACACUACGACGCAUCCAACCUGGAAGAGUAUGACAUUCGCCACGCCCUGAACGUCUCUGACCAAGUCAGCUCGGGCCUCACUUGGGCUUCACUGCAAGAGUACGGAGGGGGCCUCCUCGACCUCUACCUCCUCGGCCUCACUUGCACUGUAGAAAGUGUCCAGCUGCACUCUCUGUACGACGCCCUUGACUAUAUGCUCCAACCCGUGCUCUCCUACGCGCGCCCUCGACAACUCACCCUGGAACACUGGCCCGCGAACCUCAGCGAUACCCCGCCGUCCGAGGUAUUCGCAGCGCUCCGCGGGGAUGCAAGCUCGCGACUCGAGACACUCAGCGUCGAGGCAGGCUUGGAAGAAAAGGACUCUUCCGUCGACAUCGCCGCUAUACUCGAGGGCCUACGAUCGUUACUCCUGGGCGUGCCGCUACAAGAACUGCGCAUGAAGAUAUGGACGCAGGCUCUCGACCCGCGGCCCGACCACGACACCGUCUUCGCUCAUAUGCGGCGCCAGCAUCUACACCUCCCCACCCCUCCUCCGUUUGACCCCGAGGAGUUCCCCUUGUGCUUUGCUGAGUGCUCAGCAGAGGACUUCGACCUCGAGGGCUAUGUGCGUCGGUUCAUGGCUGAAGUCCCUACGCUGCAACGCGUGCAUAUCAUCUUGAACGGCCCGAGGGAGCGAUGGAGGAUGGCAACGAUCGUGGAUGGGAAGCUUCAGAUUGAGGACCAGCGGUGA